AUGAGGACUCACACAUCGCAGAGCGACAAGCUUGUUGAGCUUACUACCGCUGCUGGCGUGCCAGUUGAGCCAAUCUGGGCGAGCUUGCUCGCCAAGGCUCUCGAGGGCAAGGAUGUGAAGGACCUGUUGACGAACAUUGGUUCAGCCGGCCCUGCCGUCGCUGCUGCCCCAGCUGCCGGUGCCGCUGCCGGCGGUGAAGCUGCUGAGGAGCCCAAGGAAGAGAAGAAGAAGGAAGAGGAGAAGGAGGAGUCCGAUGAGGACAUGGGCUUUGGUCUCUUUGACUAA